UAUAAUAUUAAUUGAAUAAACUUUCAUGUUAAUGUAGUCUAUUUCCGAUACAUUUGACUGAUGAAUGAUAACAAAACAUGCAGUGUUUUACUCCACGAUGGAGCCGUUAAUAGUUGCCAUGGUUACACUCAAAUGAAAACAACUUUUACCGUUAGCAUUUGUUUGCUAAACCUAUUCUCUUAUGACUAUGUAUUUUAACUGAGACCAUUAUGUUUUAGGGGGGUUCGAGUGUUAAAUCGAGGAAUCUGAUUCCCUCAACCCCCCGAUUGUUCGCAACCUCGUACAGUUAGCAAACUCAUUCAUACAAACAGUUCGACUGUCACAUGUGGGCGGUGCUCGCUGUAACUUCAGAGUGACGUGAUGAGGCUGGUCUUGGUCAAACCUACCAAUGAAACGGGCCUCCUUGACUCCACCGGGGCUGCGCGGAGCGAAAGGGUGCCCGAUCAUUGCAACGCAAAGCGGCACUCCGCCGCAGGUGAGGCGGGGAUGCAGCAUCGCUACUCGGGAGCCGUCCAUCAGCACCACCACCAGCACGCGGAGCACAGGGGUGGCCCUAGACAGACCGCACUCCCCUUGCCAAAACACAGCCAAGAGAGUCUGCCCAGCCCUUUCAGUCAGGAAGCACCAGUCAAAAGCCAAGGGAGCAACCCAAGUCUCGCAGACUGUUCGAAACCCUCCCUAAGUCGGCAGCAGAGUGUCGGAGGGGCUGCCAAAACUGCGAAUUGCCAACAAGAUCAUCACUGUUCGUGCAGCUGCGAAUCGCACGAGCAUCAGCUGUUGCAGCAUCAGCAUCACAAGCCUCCACCUUCCCUCCAGCUACAGGUCCAGCAGCAGCGGCUGUUGAGGAGCAGCCUGCCCAACUGCUGCGUGAGGGGAUCCGCGGAGCUGAGAAGCCAGCAGCAGCGAGACAACGUCAGCCUGAGAUCCGGCGAUCCAGCUCAUCACGCCCGUGCAUGCACGCCUGAUAGAUGCCAGGGAGCCAGGAACUCCGUUUCUCCGCGGAGUAAAAGCAGCCCGCUGUCGUCUGACAGUCGCCUGUGGCUCGAGGAGAAUAAACACAGACACGAAGGCUAUAAGGUGAAUGCGGAUGCCAACAGGCUGAGCCAUGCUGGAUCGCGGCCUUCCCUGUCCCACGGCGGCCCACAGCAUCCUCAGAUAGCCAUGAACAGCUGCAAGUACAAUGGGGGCAUAGUCAGACCACUCGGCAGUCUGGGGGCGUCCCGGAGGAACCUCGCAGAGCUGGACUCUGAGACUCAGCCUUUGCAGACCCUGCACACGUCCGGCCUGGAGGUGGUGGUCUCCAAAGGAAACGGGGAAGACCCUAGUAAGCAGUCUAGUGAGAACCUGGUGACGCAGAGACCGUGCAGCGCGCCACAUAAGAAGAACAAGGACAUUGGCUAUAAACUCGGCCACCGGAGGGCGCUGUUCGAGAAGCGCAAGCGCCUUAGUGACUACGCCCUGAUUUUUGGGAUGUUUGGGAUUGUUGUCAUGGUGACGGAGACUGAACUCUCCUGGGGAGUUUAUACAAAGGAAUCCUCAUAUUCAUUUGCACUGAAAUGCCUUAUUAGCCUCUCCACUGUAAUUCUACUCUGUCUGAUCAUUAUGUACCACGCAAGAGAGAUCCAGCUCUUUAUGGUGGACAAUGGCGCAGACGACUGGCGGAUUGCCAUGACGUACGAGCGGAUCCUCUUCAUAGUCCUGGAGCUGCUGGUGUGCGCCAUCCACCCCAUCCCAGGCCAGUAUGUGUUCACAUGGACGGCCCGCCUGGCCUUCACCUACACGCCGUCGGUGGCAGACGCAGACGUGGACAUCAUCCUGUCUAUCCCCAUGUUCCUGCGCCUCUACCUGAUCGGCCGUGUAAUGCUCCUGCACAGUAAACUCUUUACAGACGCCUCGUCGCGCAGCAUCGGAGCCCUCAAUAAGAUCAACUUCAACACGCGCUUCGUCAUGAAGACCCUCAUGACCAUCUGCCCAGGCACCGUCCUGCUGGUCUUCAGCAUCUCGUCAUGGAUCAUCGCCGCCUGGACUGUGCAUGUCUGCGAGAGAUAUCACGAUAAAGUGGAAGUCACCAGUAACUUCCUGGGAGCCAUGUGGCUGAUCUCCAUAACCUUCCUGUCGAUCGGGUAUGGAGACAUGGUGCCUAACACAUACUGUGGGAAGGGAGUGUGUCUCCUCACAGGAAUCAUGGGGGCCGGGUGCACUGCCCUCGUGGUGGCUGUCGUAGCCAGAAAACUAGAGCUCACCAAGGCUGAAAAGCAUGUCCAUAACUUUAUGAUGGACACUCAACUCUGCAAAAGAGUGAAAAACACGGCUGCUAAUGUACUCAGGGAAACAUGGCUAAUCUACAAACACACAAAACUUGUGAAGAAGAUUGACCAUGCCAAGGUCCGCAAGCAUCAGCGCAAGUUCCUGCAGGCCAUUCACCAAGCUCAGAAACUUCGAAGUGUGAAGAUGGAGCAAAGGAAACUGAAUGACCAAGCAAACACGCUGGUGGACUUAGCAAAGACACAGAAUGUGAUGUACGACCUGGUAUCAGAACUGCAGGAGCGCAGCGAGGAGCUGGAAAAGCGAAUCGGUCACCUCGAAACAAAACUGGACUCCAUAAACAGCAGUCUGCAGGCUCUGCCUGGCCUGCUCUCACAAGCCAUACAGCAGCAACAGCACCACCUGCUGGACGGGCUGACCCAGCGCGGAUUCACCCUCACGAGACCCUCCUCGCAGACCUCCGAACGCUCCUGGGCGUCCUCCGUGCACCGACGGAGAUCACCCUCUACCGCACCACACACGUCCUCCGAUAGCGGCUAGCACGCUCUCACACUCUUGAAACCAUACUCGAAACCUACACACACACUCCCACACACCUCUGUCAUCAACUAACACUGCUAAAUAUACUUUUAGUACUAAAACGUUAAACCAAGAAUGAUUCCUUUCAACACACUACACUGGAAUAAAAUGUAACGAAUUAACACA